AUGACUGCUCGGCGAAUUCCACUUGGCGAGGUCCCAAAUGCUGCAAAUUCACCGGCAAGACAGGUCAUUUCGUUCAAGCGCCCACGAGACCAUAUAGAGGCUCAGGAGAAGUUUGCCCAGGACCUUCAGCCAAAAGCAAAGAGACAAGCCUUGGAUCUCACACAGGCGAAGCUCCGAGGGUCUCCAACAAAAGCUGUUUACAUGAGAGAGGACAGUCACUCAGCCAAGCAACCUGUAAUUAAGCAGCAUACAGCAUUCGAGAAGCGAUUGCUCGCGGCUAAGGAUGCUGGGACAAGCGAAAGAAUACAAAGAACGUCAAAGCCUCCACAAGAAAGCCUGGAGGGUGUUAGAAGAUGGCAGCAUCAUUACAAGAAAGCCUUUCCACAAUUUGUGUUCUACUUCGAAAGCGUGCCGGAAGAUGUUCGCUUAAAGUAUUCUAAGACUGUUCGCAAUCUUGGUUCUAGGGAGGAGAAGUUCUUCUCUAAAGAGGUCACCCACGUUAUAACCACUCGAUCUCUGCCUACUUCGCUAGACGGAAAGAUUAAUUCUGAAAUCUUACAGCCACAAAAUUCUUCUAACCCACUAGAACCUCGAACCAUCAACCCCUCUGUACUCGAUAGACUCAAUCAUUUUCAGAACAGUGCCAAACAGACAAAAAGUAAAUUCAACUUUGAAGCUGGACCCAGAAGUGUCAACUCUGGCAAUCUGGGGGACACAGAGCAGAAGCGGCCUCUCGCAAGCCAUGUAGACGUCCUUUCGAGAGCACAGAACUUGAAGAUGAAGAUAUGGCAUCUAGAAAAACUUCAACGGAUCAUGAACACAAUAUAUGAGGUGCCCGAUGAGGUUCAGCAAUAUACCGCGCAACAAGUACAGCGCAAGAGCAACAAUACUAUGGCGAGAGUAGAUGGAGACGCUGAUCUAAACCGUAUGCUUCGUCAGGAGCGACUGCACGGACCAUCAGAUCAUGACACUACAUCCAGAAUACACGAGAUUGUUCCGUUCAAGGGCCCUUAUCUCUACGUACGUGAUAUCGAUGAGAGGACUAGACCCAUCUUGGUAAAAGAAUGGCCCAAACCUACAAGCCGACACGACAGUGGUGAAUGGCCCCAGUUCCGGGCUGUCAGCUAUGGAAAAUGUCCAUUCGUUGAAGAAGUAGGUAAAGAAGAGAUCGAUAUGGCCAGACAAGAGCGCCGUGCGCAACGACAAAGAUCUAAAUCGCAUUCUCGGCAGCAAUCUCGCGCUCCAACACCGCAGCUCAUUUACGAGGACGAAGACGAUGAAGAGGACGACCGGUUGACUGUGCAAGGAGACGAUUCAUGUGGUCCACCUCUUCGGGAGAUACGAAACUCAGCUUCAGUUACGUCUAGUCGACUAGAGAGGCAAGUAGUGCCUCCGCUAGCGCCGCCGCCUCCGAGGUUGCCUCCUCAAAUCAAGAGUCCUUUCAAAGAGCAGCAAAGCAAGGAACGAAAUCCUUGUUCUCAGAUGUCUGCUGCGGAACCCGCUGCAUCAGGCCUUCAGCCUUCUAACAUCACAUCGGCAAUACGAUCACAGGUAAUGUCUUCCACCGCCGCAGCUCCUUUUGUGAAGACUGGAACCAACAAAGAGGUCCAUGGUCUGAAACGGAAGGUACUUGAAAAGAACGCCGGGCCAGCCCUUAGUACAAUUCACCAAAGGCAGCCUGGUAUUGACUAUUGUGCUACUGGUCGCGCUGAAGUUCAAAUAUCGCGGGCUCGUCUGAAUCGAGUGAAACCCUCUGAACCACUUGCGGAGAUCUUCGAGGAAACCACUCCGCCAGAGGAAGAAGAUGUUUGGCUGGCUCAAGAUGUACAGCUUAAGGCCAAGAAAUCCGUGGAGCCCGCCGAAAAGCCCAAGAAGGAUAUGAAACCCGGCUACUGUGAAAAUUGUAAAGAGAAGUAUAAUGACUUUGACGAGCAUAUCGCUGAUCGAAAGCACCGCAAAUUCGCUCUGACUUCCGACAACUUCAAGGACCUCGACCGCUUCCUCGCCAAACUUGUUCGCCCGCUCAAAGCCGUUGAGAUAGAUGGCUUUUGA